UCCCUCUCUCUCUCUCUCUCUUUCGCUUGCCCGUCUCCUGCCCGCGCACCUGGCCUGACGUCGCUACCCGGAGAGGCGCCUCCUCCCUUCCCUGCCUGCACCCCCCCCCCCUCUCCUCCUUACUCUCCCGUGUGUAGGGGCCGCCCAGCCAGUCACUCUUCUGCCCUCCCCUCCUAGCCCCGCCCGCGCCUGCCCUUGCUUGCUUGGGCUCGCGACAUGGUUCGGCUUUCGCGCAAGAAGAUCGACUUCGAGAUCCCUCCCGACGCCGACUCGGAACCCGUCACCGACUACCGCGCCUUCGAGCUGGAUGCCGGACAUCUCUUCGACGACAGUCUCCCCACAUCCGCUCCCCUGUCUGCCUCUCCUGCCUCUCCGACGGCUCGCCCCUACGUGGACCCGACCGCGCCGCUGCUCGAUUCUGCCACCGGAAUGAUUGUCUCCUCGGUCGGCUCGAUCCAGGGCCGGGAUUAUGUGACCUCCAUCCUGCCACUCAACAAUGGGGCCGGCGAUGACUCCGGUGACAUCGGUGGCGAUGGCGGCCCCGGCAACGACCAGGCCCUCACGGCCGAUGAGCAGGACCACCUGGCCACCCCGACCCCGCCUCCCUACUCGGUCCUGGUCAAUGCCACCUUCCCCUCCUCGUCCAAGCCUCCGUCCAACUACAUCCGCACCACGAAGUACACCUUCUUGACGUUCCUGCCGCUGAACCUCUUCUCCCAGUUCAAGCGGUACUACAACCUGUACUUCUUGUUCGCGUCGCUCCUGUCUGUGGCCCUGCCCGAGGCGUCGCCGGUCAGCCCCAGCCUGAUGAUUCUUCCCCUGUUGAUGGUGGUCAUUGUGACCAUGAUCAAGGAUGCAUUUGAGGAUCUGAUGCGCUUCUCGUCCGACCGCGCGUCCAACUCGCUGCCGGUGCGGGUGCGCCGCAGCGGCGUCGCCGCCACAGGCAAACGCAGCCUCUCGAGCCAGCACCUUAGCCCGGACGACGACAUGUCCGAGGGCUUCCAGAUGGUAGCCUCGCGUGACGUUUGUCCCGGAGACAUUGUGCUGGUCAAGCGCGACGAGACGAUCCCAGCGGACAUUGUCAUCCUGGCUUCCUCAAAUACGGUGGAGGGCCACUGCUUCAUCCAGACGGCCCAGCUUGAUGGUGAGACCAAUCUCAAACGCCGACAGGCGGCCCUCCGAGGCGAGACCGUCGGCAAGGACUCCACCAAGUCGGACAUCCUUUGUUCUGCACGGCGAGAUUACGGGCGCAUCGAUUGCGACGCGCCCAACGCCCACCAAUAUCACUUCGAGGGGCAGUUGGACUGGAUCGUCCGCCAGCAAAGCGUCGGCCUGCAGAUGGGUCUCGGCCCGGAGCAUGUGGCCCUGCGUGGGGCGGUUCUGAAGAACACCGAGGCGAUCUACGGCGCUGUGGUCUACGUCGGAGCCGACACCAAGAUCAUGCGCAACACCAUCGCCCCGCAACUGAAGCACUCAACCAUGGAGUCCACCAUCAACCAGUUGGUCCUGUCGAUCUUCGUGCUGAACUUCAUCAUCCUGGCCUACUCGGCCGCCUCGUCGGCCAUCUGGCACAAGAAGCACGGUGUGGCCGCCUGGUACCUGAACUGGACCGCGGCCGAUACCAACUCCACGGUCGGUGUGUACCAUCUGAUCUCGUACUUUGUCAUGUGGACCUACCUGGUUCCGAUCUCCCUCUUCGUCAGCAUGGAAGUGGUGCGCUUCUUCCAGGCGCUCUUCAUGCAGUGGGACAAGCAGAUGAUGUCGCCGGAGAUCGGCGGCAGCGGCGGCGACAUGGCACGGUCCUCGGAGCUAGCCGGGACCGGGGCCAACCCCUUCGAUUCGCCGCCCGCCCUGUCGGCCAGCUCGUCGCAGGAUCGCCUGGCCCCGAAGAUGAUCCCCAUGGGCGCCAACAAUUCCAAUCUCAAUGAGGAUCUCGGCCAAAUCCAGCACAUCUUUUCGGACAAGACCGGCACCCUGACGCAGAACCUGAUGCGUGUAUAUGGCUGGUCGGUCGGGGCACGGACAUACGUGGACCCGAUCAACCUCCGCGACUCGGGGCUUGGUGAUGCCACUGCCAGCACUGCCGCCGAUGACCAGCCAAGUGACGCCUCGCGGGACCUCCUGUCGCCGAGCGCCCAGCCGCGUGACCUCCUCCGUACGGCCAUCCUCUCGGGGACACCCUUCGAGCAGGCGGCCGCCCAGCGCUUUGUCCAAGCGGUGACCCUCUGUGCCGGGGUGGUCUCCUCGGUGGCCGAGGGCGGGUCGAUUGACAUGGCGCCUCCCCUGGGGCUGGUGGUCGGAAGCCCGCCCAGUGCUUCGCGCGUUCCGCCGGAGUAUGCCCAUCCCUUGAACUACGAUGGCGAUUCGCCGGAUGAGCUGGCGCUCCUGUCGCACCUCCAGGCGCAGGAGGGCAUCCGUCUGUUCACGGUCUCCGAAAAGGAGCGCGUCGUGUCGAGCGAUGUCUUCCCCGAUGGCUUCCAGCGCUGGACUUUGCACUACACCCUGCCCUUCAGCUCGGCGCGUAAGCGCAUGUCUGUCGUCGUCCAGGACCAGUCCACCGGGGAGUACUUCAUCUUCUCCAAGGGUGCGGACUCGGUGAUCUUUGGCCUUUCGGCCGCGGGGCAGGCCGGCGUGCCGGAGUCCAGCCUCGACACGUUGGACUACCACCCGCGGGGCCUGGCCCUGACGCAGGGGUUCGUGGAUGCCUUCGCGUCGACCGGUCUGCGGACACUGGUGUUCGGCUAUCGGCUGCUGUCGGCGGAUGAGUUCCAGACUUUCAGCGAGGCGCACCAGGCGGCCGAGAUGAUCGUCGGCUCGGGUGGCGCAGAUGCCGGGCUGGCCGAUGACGGCACGACUCCUCUCGGGGGUGGCCGUGCCGCGGCCCUGACCCGGGCGUACGCCCUGAUCGAGCGGGAUUUCCUGAUCCUCGGGUCCUCCGCGGUGGAGGAUCGCCUGCAAGACAAUGUGGCCCAAACCAUCGAGCAGCUCCUUGCGGCGGACAUCCGCUUCUGGCUGCUGACCGGCGACAAGAUGGCCACGUCCAUUGCGGUUGGCGUGUCGUGCGGGCUGGUGCAGAACGCCCCUGGGAAUGGCACUGCCCCUGGCGUUGCCGGGCCGGCCGACGUCGUGCGCAUCAGCGGCGCGCGCACACUGGCCGAUUGUCGCCUGAAGCUGGUGGCCAUUCUUGACAAGCUGACCCCCUCGACCACCAUCGUCGUCGAUGGGACCAGUCUCGUGAACAUCCUCAAGUAUCCGGAGCUGAGUGCGCACUUCCUGCAGGCGGCCAAUCUGGCUCGGUCAGUCAUCUGCUGCCGGGUGUCCCCGGCACAAAAGGCCGAGGUGGUGGAUCUGGUGCGCCGUGAGUCCGGGUCUAUCACCCUGUCCAUCGGUGAUGGCGCCAACGAUGUGUCCAUGCUGCAGGCGGCACACGUGGGCGUGGGCCUGCGCGGGCGCGAGGGCUCCCAAGCGGCCCGGGCCGCGGACUACACCCUCGGGGAGUUCCAGCACCUGGCGCGGCUGGUCAUCAUCCAUGGUCGGUACUCGCUCAUGCGCAUGGGCGACCUGGUGACCUUCUCCUUCUACAAGAAUGCCGCAUUCAUCAUUGUGGUCUUCUGGUGGGGCUACCAGAGUGGCUGGUCCGGCGUGUCGCUCUUCAACGACCGCGUCAUGGCCUUGUACAAUGUGUUCUACUCGUCCUUCCCGCCCCUGUGCCAGGCCCUCUUCGACUUCGAUGUCCAGGAGGGCGUGCUGCUCCGGGUGCCGCGGCUGUACCAGCAGCCGCGUGAUGAGAAGAUCAACUUCGGCGCGGUGCGCCUGGGCCGGUGGAUGUUCGACGGCCUGGCCCAGUCGGGCCUCGUGUACCUGAUCAUCCUGGGGUCAUUGAACUGGCUCGACGGGGCCGACCUCAACUUCGGAUCGCUCUCGGUGCUGGCCUCCACCACGGUCAUCACGCUGGUCCUGAUGCGCCUGGCCAUCCGGGUCCGGUCCUGGACCCUGUCCAUCUUCUGGGCCUUCUUCUUCAGCCUGGUCCUCUAUUACCUGACCAUUUGCACGGUGUCGGCGCUGGGGUUCAUUUUUGGAGGCUCGGUCCUGCACCUCUUGUCCAGCCCGUAUGCGCACUUGGUCUCGGCGCUGGCCAUCACGGCGGCCCUGCUGCCGGCCAUCACCUUCGGCGCCUACCGGGCCCUGUUCAUGCCGCAUGAUUCGCAGCUGGCCGUCGAGUCGGCCCAUGUGGGCAAGGUCGACCGCCUGGCGGAGGAGUCGGCCCUCGGCCGGGCCAGCCUUUCGCGCAGCUUCAGCUCGACCCUGAAUCUGGGCGUGUCGCAUGUCGACUCCUUCGGCAAUGACGGCGAUGACGAUGGCCAUGCCGGUGGGGCCGGCUCCGGGAGUGCCUAUCUUCGCUCGAGCCGGUGGUCUGCCUCGGUGGAUGACGCGGCCGGCGGCCUGUCCUCCUCGAUUGCCUAUACGCAGGUGUCUAACUUUGCCUCGCAGCGCAACUCCUCGGGCAACUACUCGUCCGACGAGUCGCGGCCCCUCCUUCAAUAUUAGAUCCCGCCCCUUUGGCCCUCCCUCCUUUCUCUCUCCCUCUCCCUCUCCCUCUCCCUCUCUCUCUCUCCCUCUCCCUUUCUCCCCUCCCCUGCUUGUGUCCUCCCCUGGCCGGGCUUCUCCCGUCGCCCCAGGAAUGCCUGGUGUGCAUGCCUUUCGGCGGAGGCGCGCGCGGUGCCGGUCGAGACCCGCCCCACUGCGAACCCUGUCCUUGUCCCGACGGGCACGCGGACGCCCCCCCCCCCCCGGUGCAAUCGCCCGAUCACACAGGCUCCUACGCCUGCCCGCACGCCUGCGCGCGUGUGUAUCACACAAAAUAUACUCCCCUAUCUCCG